UUAUGAAAUAAUAAUAGUUAUACAAUUUCGUACAUGUAAUAAUUAACAUGAGUAAAGAAAACAAAUUUUAUAACAUAAAAUUGUAGUUAAUAAACUCAAAAAAUUAUUAAAUUUCUCAAAUAUUGAAACUACGCAUUCUUUAAAUUAUUGUCAAAACAUUUUUAAAGAAAUGUUAAUGGACGUGAAUACACGACAUUAUCGUUUUACCAAAAUAAGUUUUAGUGUCUAAAAAAAUUUUUUUUAUAAAAUUGUUUUCCAAAAAAUUUCUAAAUAAUUAUAAUUUAUAAUCAUUGUUAUGUUUAAUAUAUGUAUUUAAAAUUGUAUUUAAACUUACCAACUCCUUUGAACCCGCUCUUUUCCAACUCUUCAUUUAUCAGUGACCAACUCUUUCUUUUAACAAGUCCUGAAUUAUAUUUACAGCGUGAAUUCGGGUCGAUUAUCCAUGGAAUGCGUCGCACAAUUUCUAUUAGUUUUAUUUUCAUAUCCAUGUCAGGAUCUACUUUUUUAUACAUUUUUUAAAAAUAUUUGCGGAGUAACAGAAUUUUCAGAUAUCUCGCUUUUCAAAACAAAUGCCGAUCAGCAGCACUGUCUAUCAGAAAUAGUACGGAAUGAAGCUAAUAGCAAGCAGAACUACCAAAUUGAAAACAUUUUAAUGCAUGUAGGUUUCUUUCAAAUGUUGGUAAGCAUGCGCUCGUUAAGUAAUAGCGAUUCUGAGCGACUUCACACAUAAUCAAGAAAUCCGCAUAAAUAAGCCAGCAAAAGCAAACAAUUUUCCUAUUUGAAUUUUCAUAACAAUUUCUGGCUAAUAUGGCAAUGUCCAAAAGUGUGGAUUAUAUAGAAGUUCUAAUUCAAAUGAUUGGAUCACGCCCUCAUUUGUACGACAAGUCAUUGGAAUCAUAUAGGGAUAAUAGUUUAAGACGAAACGCAUGGGCAGAAAUCUCUGAACUUAUAAUAGAUAUAACUUGUGAUGAACAGUUUACCGCUAAAGAAUUAGAAAAAAUAUGGGACAAUUUGAAGAAAGAUUAUUACAAGCAAAAGGAUAAGAACAAGGAAUACAUUCCUUCAGGAUCGGCAGCUCCGGAUGAAACUAACUCAUUAGAAUAUUUUAGACUUAUGGCUUUUUUGGAGAAUUCUCCUCGAUUCUCUUCUAAAACGAAAAGUAGUCAACACAGGUUGGUGAAUGACGAGAAAGUUGAUGAUGUUGAUGAUGACGAUUAUCGUCACGAAAAUUAUGGUGAUGAUUAUCGUCCUGCAGAUUAUGGUGACGAUUAUCGCCCUGCAGAUGAUAAUGCCGAUUAUCGUCCUGCAGAUGAUGAUGCCGAUUAUCGUCCUGAAGAUGAUGUUGACGAUCUACUUCGCGAAGAUGAUGAAGAUAAUAGUGAAGAUAAUCCUGAAGAUAAUGGUGAUGAUGAAGAUGAUGAUGUCAAUGGUGAUGAUGAAAAUCUUCGAGAAAAUGAGCAACGUCAAGAAGAUGCUCAUCUUCGCAGGAUUGAAGGAGAAAAUGAUUUUUUUAUGAUUUUGAAAGAAUUGUGGCGUCGAGUUUUGAACGAAAACCGAGGUAGAUGUUUUUACGAGAUUAGACUGCUAAUACAAGAGAAAAGACGACAGCGACAAUAAUUACUAUUUAAGACUUACUAUACAUAUUUACUUAAAAUUACUACUAUUUUAUAACAACCUUCA